CCCCAAGCCGCGUGCCGAGCCCUCCAAGAUGGGGAAGUGCGACGGGAGAUGCACGCUGCUGGGCAUAUGCGCCCUGCAGCUGGUGGCCGCCCUUCAGAGGCAGGUGUUUGACUUCCUGGGCUACCAGUGGGCGCCCAUCCUGGCCAACUUCCUGCACAUCAUGGCCGUCAUCCUGGGCAUGUUCGGCACCGUGCAGUUCCGCUUCCGAUACCUCAUCUUUUACGCAGUGUGGCUGGUGCUGUGGGUGGGCUGGAACGCCUUCAUCAUCUGCUUCUACCUGGAGGUGGGCAAGCUGUCUCAGGACAGGGACUUUCUGAUGACGUUCAACACGUCCCUGCACCGUUCCUGGUGGAUGGAGCACGGUCCCGGUUGCCUGGUGACGCCGGUGUUGGACUCGCACUUGGCCCCCGACGACCACCACGUCAUCACCGUCUCGGGCUGCCUCCUGGACUACCAGUACAUCGAAGUGCUGAGCUCGGCCAUCCAGGUCCUGCUGGCCCUUUUUGGCUUCGUGUACGCGUGCUACAUGAGCAAAGUCUUCCAGGACGACGAGGACAGCUUCGACUUCAUCGGCGGUUUCGACUCGUACGGCUACCAGCCUCCUCAGAAGUCCUCGCACUUGCAACUGCAGCCUCUCUACACGGCUGGCUAACAGACGCUUGCGCCCCCUUCAAGCCCAACAGUGCCACUGCGGAUGGAACGAGGUGGCGGCACCAAUCGGAGAACUCGCUUAG